AUGAAGAGGCUAUGGGAGGAAUUGAGUACAUUGCAUGUUAAGACUCAAUGUAGUUGCAAUUGCAUCUAUGGAGCGACGAAAAGUAUGUUCAAGGUCAAACAGGAUAGAAGACUGAUGCAGUUCCUUAUGGGCUUAAAUGAAGUCUACACUGUGGUUCGAGGUAACAUUCUCAUGAUGAAUCCAUUGCCUUCCCUAGCACAAACCUUCUCUUUGCUAGUACAUGAUGAGAAACAGAGAGAAAUUAAGCCAAGCCGCCAGUCGUUUAUGGAAUCUGCAUCUCUCAAUGCACGUAGUUCAGGGAAGAAGGUCAUGGAGUCUGUUGCCUUUAAUAGUUCAGCUGGUGCAAGCACUUCUAGAUCUUCAAGGCCAAAUUACUCUUCAGCAGAAAAUAGCAAAUUCAGGACCAACUAUUCCCAACCCAGUUCCUACAUUGGGAAUAAGCCUUGUAUGAUAUGUGAUUACUGCAAAAGACCAGGACACACCAAGGACAAAUGCUACAAAUUGCAUGGGUUUAAUAAAGGUGAAGGCCUUGUUUUUGAUGUCCAUGGAAAUGCAAUGUCACCAGAAGAUGAGGAACAUAGGGGAACUCACAAUGACAUAGACCCUCAGCUAACAAGGGAGCAAUAUGCCCAAUUUCUGGAGUUAUUACAACAACUCCAAGUUCAGAAACAUGGAGAUACUGACAAUCCCAUGGACUUUCCCAAUGUCAGUGUGAACUUUGCAGGAGCCUCUAACCAUAUGACAUCUGAUAAAACACUGCUAACAAACAUUACCUACCUUCCUUUCCCCUUAUUGAUUACCUUACCAAAUGGUUAUAGAGUAAAAGUUGUGCAAACUGGUAGUUUAGCCCCUUCACUGAAGAGGCCUCUGGUGAUUAGUGAAGCCAAAGCUGGACUCUAUUUUCUCUUAACUAAGUGUUUGAUGAAGCCUAAUCAUCCUGAUGCUAAAUGUGUUGCAUCAACUGCUUCUGCAUCUAAAAACAUGUCAAGUCCAAUGGUUUCUACUUCUUAUACACCAUCUGUUAAAGCUGUUCCUUUUCCUGCAUCUCUUGUACAACAUUGUGCUUCAUUCAAUAAAAAAUCUCAGAAUUAUGAUUCUUUUAUGACUCAUUCUUGCAAUGAUGUAAAUGUAUUGUGGCACAAUAGGCUUGGACAUGUACCUUUUGUGAAGAUGAGGGAAAUCAAAUCCAUACCUGAGAAGUUUUCCACUAAGCAACCUUUUCUUUGUACCAUUUGUACAAUGAAUAUGACAAAUGCACCUAGUGCUAAUGCACCUAACCAACUUGAAAAUUCAAACAUCUCCCUCAAUGCUACAUUUUCCAAACAUCAACAUAUACCACCUGAGGUCUUGGCAGAUGAGAGUCAAACUCUUGUGAGAAACAUCAGCAAUGAUGAUGAACUUUCCUUACAUGGGGAGGCAACUAUGAAUCCUACCUGGCAGCAAGCCAUGACACAUGAAUUUGAGGCAUUGCAUGCAAAUCAUACUUGUGAUCUAGUUGAUUUACCUAGUGGCAAGAAGGCCAUAUGA